CCACCUGUUGCCGUCAACUGUCAAUGUGUUUUUUGUACUUUUACUUUGUAGGUUAUUAUUUUUAGAUUAUGUUAAUUAUUGGCAGAAUCAUCAACACCUUGAUGGAGCCAUAACACGAAAAAUUGAUUGAUUAAUUAUGCUGUUCAUGUUUUAAUAAAUAAGACUAGUAAAUUAAAUAGUUACGAGUGAUUGACUGCUUUGUAUUUACUGAUCCUUCCCGUGAAGUCUCCCGGACAUUCAACAAUCUCAACGUCAAUUUUUGAUCUGUUACUUACGAAACUACUAGUGAAGUGAAGAUUCGAAGUGUGUCAACCCAUUGAACGCUACGUGUACCGUGCGCGGCGCAUCGUGAACCUUGUCACAAUGCACGAAGGAUGAUAUUGGGCUGCAGCUGAGCGGCAGUUCACGUGUUUGGCAGUCAAAGGGUUAAGAUGUUUGUGGCGGCGCACGUAAAGAAGGAGCCCGAGUGCGAGAGUGGCCCCAGGAAAGAGUCGAUAGGCCUCGCGGACCAAGUACAAGUGAAGUCGGAGCCUGAGUUUCAACACGAGGAUGCAGCAUGCAUUAAAGAAGAGCCGGGGUGUUCCGACAGUGUGACGCGCGCCGGCCUGUACGAAGACCGCGAGGUGGAGCAGGUGGAAUCCAUCAAAGAAGAGCCCGGGUGUUCCGACAGCGCGGCCCGCGCCUGUCUGUACGCCGACCACGAGGUGAAGGACGAGCUCGUGCUGGGGCCGGAGUGCACGCACCAGCCAGACGUUGCCCUCGUGGUUUGCAGCUGGGCGCUAGCUGACGCCGAUGGCUGCGUACAAGAUCCUGAGCACACGCAGCAACAGCCAACUCUGAGGGAUUGCUCCGUGCAGCUUCAGCGUGUAGACAGUCAAAGUUGCGAACAAAAAGACAGCAAGAGCACAACUGACAGCCAUUCUGAGAGUAAAGAUAACCGUGUCACGCACACGGGCCAAAAGACUAACAGUAAGAACAAAAUCUACGAGCAAAUUACCCAUAGAGACAAUAUCACAUCUGGCAGUUAUAGCGAGUCUGACAGUAAGGAUGAUGUCUACAUUACACACAAACUAAGCUAUAAGAAAAAGACAAACAGUAAAAUCAAUCCUAGCUCCGAGCAAAAUACCUAUACUGAGGACAGCACUAUUGACAGCGAAUAUGUCAAAGAAGAUAAUACAGAUAACUGUAAGAAAUAUAUCUGUAAAACUACACUAAGGGACUGUUUUGUGAAGCUUAAACGCAUAUCAACCAAACCAGCGAACAUCAGAAGGACUUUAGAGCCUUUGAACACAACUAGCGAUUGUGAUACUCAAAAUGUCUACAACAGAGACUACAUAGAAUUGUGUAAUAUCUGCGGCGAGCGGUUUGCGCUGAAGUCGGAUUUUGCGAAACAUAUGAUGGUACAUAUACAAAUGCCUAGAACGGAGCAGGAAGCGGGGAGCUGUGAAAUCGAAGAAAAAAACUUGCCAAUGGUUUCCGAUGACGAAUGCUCUAAACCAACGCUCGAGCCGCUCCGCAACGCACCACAGCUACCCUUGCGGGACUGCUGGGUGAAACUCGAACGCAUCCAACUCCGCCAGGCAACCAACGACCAGGGAGACCACACGGACAGAGAUUCUACUGAUGAAUCUGACGAAGCAAUACACAUUAAAAAUAAAGUGCUAAAAUCUGAUUUGAUGAAGCAUAUUAUGAUCCAUAACUACAUGCCUAUAAGUGCUGAGGAAAUGGUCAAAAAUAAAGUUUGUCCUAUUUCACACGACCAAUCACCAGCAAAUCAUGGUAAAGCAACUUUGAGGAAAGAAAUCAAUACUAGCAUAGUUCAUAACGACGAAGAGGUAAAUACAUAUAUUUGUGACAUUUGUGGUAAAACAUUUCAUCUGAAACAUUACUUGAUACGCCAUAUUCAACUACAUUCACUAAACAUGUAUGUAAUGACAUCAAAAAUCAAACAAAUUCACGUUGAAAAAGAGAGACCAUAUAUCUGCGAUCUAUGUGGGAAGAAAUUUAUACGAAAAGUACACUUGGUAACACACAUGCGAACUCAUACUGGCCAAAAGCCAUAUAAAUGCGAAAUCUGUAAUAUGCGGUUUAAGCAAUCGGGUGGUUUGAUUGGUCAUAAACGAACGCACACAGGUGAAAGACCGUAUUCGUGCGAUAUAUGUCACAAGACUUUUAUAAAUUCAAGUAAUUUGAAAUAUCAUAAGCUAGUACACGGUGGUGAAAAACCAUAUUCGUGCAACAUAUGUAAUAAGAACUAUACUGGAUCGACUGCUUUAAGAAACCAUAUUCUUACGCAUUUAGGGGUGCUUUUUCCCUGUGAAAUAUGCGAUAAGAUGUUUAAGCGAGCGGAUGCUUUGAAAAAACAUUUACUUAUCCAUGAGGGAGCUAAGCCGUAUUCUUGCGAUAUUUGUCUAAAAGACUUCAGACAAUCCAGUACUUUAAGAUUACAUCAACGAAUUCACAACGAUGAAAGGCCUUAUUCAUGCGAGAUUUGUAAAAGGACGUUCAAACUUUUACGUGCUUUAAAGUCGCAUAAAAAAAGUCACUCAGGAGAGAAACUCUACUCAUGCGAUAUAUGUCAAAGUAAGUUCGCGCGAGCAGUAACUUUAAGCAUACAUAUGCGCAUACACACAGGGGAAAAGCCUUAUUCAUGCGAAAUUUGUAAAAAAGAGUUCACGCAAAUGGGUCAUUUACAAACACACAGGAUACAUGUUCAUUCGACACUAAAAGCAUACUCUUGCAACAUAUGUCAAAAAAAAUUUAAGAGCUCUGGUAAUUUAAGGAAUCAUAAAAUAGUUCACUCUGAAGUUGAGCUGUACCAUGUCUGCCAAGUAUGCAAUAAGAAAUUUAAAACAUCGAGCUGUUUAAAAAGUCACGAAAAAAUUCACUUAGAAGUGAGGCUGUACUCCUGCGAAAUAUGCCGAAAGCGGUUUAGGAGAUCGUGUCAUUUAGAGAUUCAUAAACGAAUGCACACCGGUGAGAAACCUUAUUCCUGUGACAUUUGUAAUACGAAAUUCGCGCAAUCGAGUAAUUUACGUACACAUAAGCGAUCUGUCCACCUAAAACCCUUCUCCUGCGAAAUGUGUCACAAAAAUUUUAAAGAGAUGCAUGAUUUAGAGAAACAUAAACGGCGUUUUCACGCAGAAGAUAAACAAUACUCUUGUGAAAUAUGUAAAUAUACGUUUAUGCUAUCACAAAAUCUUAAGAGACACCGACUAAUCCAUUUAGAAACGAAGCCUUAUUCCUGUAAAAUAUGUAAAAAACAGUUCAUCCGUUCAGAUAGUUUGGAACAACAUAAACUAAUUCACACAAGUGAGAAGCCCUAGUUUAGUCGUUUACAUUCAUUAAAAAUACAUGAAAUAAAACACAAUGAAAAAGUCCUAAAUACUUAGUUUUUGUCGGGAAAUUGUAUUUAUCUUAACUAGAUGACAUGAUAUUGUUAUUAAAUAUGUACAUAUACCAAAAUAUAUAUAAUCAAAAAAUCAAAGCGAAAUGUGCUCCAUAACUAUGAAUUAAGCAUAUUGAAGAAAUAAACUUACGUAUUGGAAUACUUUAGUAUUUUUGUUUAUUAGCACAAUCGGAAUAGAACAAACCUCGAAAUCUCUUGAACAGUCCAGAAAUUUGGUAUGUAUUUAAAUAAAAGGCCCCUUAUUCAUGUCCAUACCAUUUGACAUUUGGGGACCUCGAGGAAUCGCAGCCAUCUUGGAAAAUGUGUACCAUCCUGGAGAAAUUCGCGUUUUACUCAAAAAUCUACGUUAUCUAGGAAAAUAUGGUGUAAUAAAUUAAAAUUUAUUAAAUUCUACACAAAAAAGUCCAAGAUAUCUUUGCGAAAAGAUACAUCUUGUUAUAGAAAAUACUUGCUGAAUCUAGAUUUAGCGCUUAUACACUUCCAGAGAACAUUAUUCUAAUAGGAAAUUCGCAGGGAUAUGAGUUGUGUAUACAUUUGUACAUAAUCUACCCCAAUAUCAACAUUUUAGUUGACUGCGACUUCUACAGAAAGUAGGGUUAUGGGUUUAAGUACUGAUGAUUCAGUACAUCCUGUAGCUUAGGAUACUGGCCGGAUAUUUAAAAAUGACAUAUCGGUAGAUUCCUCUUGCCCUUCCCAACCUAUUUACACUUGUUUUAUGAAAGAAAAAUCAGUAGAGUCGCCUUGACAGGCUAUAUUUUGAGUUAAAAAAAUUUUCUAUAAGUCCAACGCGACCUACACUCUAUUUUUUCCUAUUAAUGUAAUUAUCACUCAAAUAAAAAAGUUAAAAAUACAAGUGUUUUUUUUCUUCUCUGUCCGUCCGAAGUUUUCAUAUCAUGUACUUUUUUUUUUAAUUAUAGGACAUUAUUACACAAAUUCACUAAGUCCCACAGUAAGCUCAAUAAGGCUUGUGUUGAGGGUACUUAGACAACGAUAUAUAUAAUAUAUAAAUAUUUAUAAAUACUUAAAUACAAAGAAAACACCCAUGACUCAGGAACAAAUAUCCAUGUUCAUCACACGAAUAAAUGCCCUUACCAGGAUUUGAACCCGGGACCAUCGGCUUCAUAGGCAGGGUCACUACCCACUAGGCCAGACCGGUCGUCAACUGUACUGCGUAAAGUAUAUUGACUCUAUGCUUAACUAUCUGCCGUAUUAUUUUCUUUAUAGCACUUAUCGUAUUACGAUGCCUAGGAAUUUAAUGAUCUGCCGAAUUGGACGAUCGACCGAUAACAUUAUUAUUAUUAUACAUAUCGACACUGACAAAGUUUUUAUUUCCUUUACUUUUCGAAUUUAUAUCUAUUUAUAUUAUAUUGAAUAUUUAUUUAUGUUAUAUUUAUAUAUGUAUGCAUUAUUUUAUGGUUAUUUUUCUAUCAAUGUGUAUUCAAAACACGCGUUUCAUUAAGUGUGCGCGAUGCAGUAAUAAAGUAAAAAAUACUUUAUUUAAGGCAUUUUGCCAGUCUUUUUAUUCGUGCUGCCUGUGGGUGAACUAUACACAGCGGGCAAUCAGUGCCUUGAGGGUGCAAUACAAUCAAUACAAUAACACGCUCAGGAUGCUGUUGGGACUGCCAGGUACUGCAGCGCAUCAGGCACGUUUGCGGAAGCGCGAGUACACGGCUACCAUGCCAUCAUUCGAAAGCCGGUCGCCUCCAUCAUGCGCCGCGUGCGGGGGAGUAACAACAGCAUUCUGGACGAGAUCGCUAGCAGUUUAGACUCUCCCAUAGCUAGAAACUGGAAUAAUCUGCAUGUAAUUAAUUAAUAGGCAUAAUUUUAACCCUUAUUAAUAUUUAUUUUGUGAUUAUAUGUAACGCUAAAAUGUACCUUUUUAUUUGUAUACGAUUUAAAUUUAAUUUUAAUAUUUUUUUUUUAAUUUACGUUAUUUUAAUAAUUUUAUUGUAAUAUGGAUCAUUUGUUAUCUGUAAUAAAGAAUUGAAUUGAA